AUGUCCGAGAUGCGUCUUUGUGGCCAGUACCGCGACAGAGAGGCCCCCUGGGUGCCACCCGAAGUCGUGGACGCGACGGAGCGCUCAACCAAGUAUUCUUUAUCAUUGAAGGAACUUGAAAGCUGGGGAGACAAAGUCGAAGAAAGAAAACGCUGCGAGUGGGACGCGCGAUGGCUGACAUGCUGUUCCGACAUAGCCAUGCCGCCGCCCGUCAACGAUGAUGAGCGGCGCGACUUUGAAACAUUUGCGCCGCGGUACGGCCUUGGCGUGGCGAGACAACGGCUAUUGCUCCAGCUUCGCCAAGGAAUCCUAGGUAUUUUGUCCCAGUCCCCGACAAAAGGCGACGCCAUCGCGCGCACAAGACUGACAAGGCGGGCGGGCGAGCAGCGUGGGAGAAGCGGCACGCGCAUGAGUGGCCGCAUUGAAGAACUACAAGGCCGACCGUUCCACCGAUGCUAUUCCAGUAUCCCAUCUGGAGCAGCAAAGUUAGGAGCAGUUCUCUGUGAAGGUGCACGGUUCGUACCUGGUGGGUGUUCGUGCGAGGCCCGGACCAGACCUGUGCAACAUGGAAAUCAACUAGAAGCUAUUGGGUGCCCAGCGAAUAGGCAACAACAACUCAGCCGCAUUCGUGCCACCGUGAUUCCCAUCGCAGCGGCCGAGAAAGCCCACACUAAUAGCGCCGCCCGCUCGGCCAACGGCGGGCGAAGACAGUCCGUUUCCGCCGGAUCGUCGAGUGACUCAGGAGCCGACCAGGCUACGAGGACGUUCGCCACAGAUGGUGGAUUUACCGACUAG